AUGAACAAAAUAUCAUCGCAGUGCUCAAGGUUUUCACAUUUUAUAGUAGAUCAAUAUAAAUUAAGCAAAAAGGAAAUAAUAAUUCUUUUUAAAUGGUCAACUCCAUUAAUUAUUUCAAAUUUAUUAAAUAAUGUUUCAUUUUUGUUUGUUAAUUUAAUAUUUGUUGGCAGACAAAAUGAAGUUCAAAAUGAAUUAAGUGCGGCAGCUUUAGCAAAUACAUGGACCUAUUGUACAUUAAGUUUAGGUACUGGUUUAGCUAAUGCAAUGGAUACAUUGGUAUCACAAUCAUUUGGCGCAAAUAAUCUACAAUUGGUUGGUUUGGUUCUUCAAAGAGCAUCAAUAGUUAAUUGUGUUGCCUUUUUAAUUGUAACAGUAUUAUGGUGUAUUACCGAGUAUUUCCUUUUGUUGGUGGGACAAGAUAAAGAUGUUUCACAUAUGGCAUUUCAAUAUUCCUUAUAUUUAUUACCAGGUCUUUGGUUCCAACUCCAAACCAAUAUAUUUCAAAAAUAUUUACAAUGCCAAGGUAUUAUGUGGCCCUCAAUUGCAGUUGGUGUUAUUUUAAAUGGUUUUAAUGUUUUAUUCAACGUUUUGCUAGUAAAUGGUUUGGGAAGCUAUGGUGGUAUGGGUUAUAGAGGUGCUGCUUUAGCAACAUCAAUUUCUAGGGUUAUUGCAUUUAUUUCAAUGAUUUCUAUUUUUGCAAUAUGGAAACUACACAAGGAAACGUGGUUUGGUCUAAAAAGAGAGGCUUUAAAGGUUCAAGGUUUUAAAGAGUAUUUGAAAUUAGCAAUACCAGCUUCAAUUCAGCACGCAUCAGAGGCCGUUGGUUUUGAAGUUUUAACAAUUUUGGCGGGUCUUAUUAGUACAACAGACUUGGAUGCACAUUCUGUAACGUAUAACUUUACUAUGUUAACAUAUCAAUUCCCAAGUGGUAUUUCUAUUGCGGUAUCAGUGCGUGUUGGUCAGUUAUUAGGCUCAAAAAAUGAAGCAAUGGCAAAAAGAAUUUCUUGGAUCGCUUUCUUAAUAGCAAUUGUUUUUAUGGCUAUAGUAGCAAUUAUUCAAUAUAGUUGCAGACAUGGAAUAGGUUAUAUUUACACCAAUGACAAAGAUGUUGUAGAGAUAGUUGCUUCUAUUUUACCAAUUGCUGCCAUCUUUCAAGUAUUUGAUGGUGGUCAAACUAUUUUCCAAGGUGUUGUAAGAGGUAUGGGUAGAGUUAUUACUGGAUCAGUUUGUAAUUUCAUUGCAUUUUAUGUUAUUGCAAUUCCAUUAGCGGUCAUAUUUGCUUUUCCAGUAGAUGUUGGUGUUAAAGGUCUAUGGUGGGGAUUAUGUGUAGGUUUGGUUGUAAUUUGUAUAGUUUUAUGUGUUAUUGUUAAUAGAGUAGAUUGGUCAUCAGAGGUUGAUAGAGCUGCUGAAAGAACUAAAAGUGGUGUAUUUAAAAAAGAAGAUAUCGAAGGCGCAAUAAAAAUGGAAACCAUCAAAGUUAGUACGACCAAUAGUGUGGAUUCAACAUUUACUCAACACGAAGAAUAUAAUAAUAACAAUAAGAGUAGUGUUGAAGAUGAUUCUGAAGAAGAUGACAUUGAUGAUGAUUAUGUAGACUCAUCUUCAUCUCAAACACCACAACAAAAACAAAAGAAAAAGAAAAAGAAAAGAAAUAAUUCAACAGAAUUUAGACAAGAUAAUAUCAACUACUUCAACAACAACAACAACAACAUCAACAGCAACAACAACAAAGACCACCACAACAACAACCACAACAACAACAACCACCACAACAACCACCACAACAACAAAAACAAGAACAUAAGAAUAUUGACUCGGGUGCAGUCACUAUUCCAAAACCAUCACCACAACCUGGACUUCAAGCUAUAA